AUGCAUCAUGGACGUACGAGCGACACCGCUGCUGCUGCUGCUGCUGCUGCUGCUGGCGCUGACCACCCCCAGAGCUGCUCCGCUGGGACGAGCCACUCCGACCCCCGCCGCCUCCGCCACUCCCGCCUCCACCGCCACUCCCGCCUCCACCGCCACUCCCGCCUCCACCGCCACCCCCGUCUCCACUGCCACCGCCCCCACCGGUACCCUCGCCCCCGCCUCCUCCGCUGCCGCCUCCGCCGCCACCUCCGCCUCCACCUCCUCCACCGGUACCCCCACUCCCGCCACCACCUCCACCGCCACCCCCACUCCCCCCGCCACCCCCACCUCCUCCGCCACUGCCUCCUCUAG